UAAGCAGAAUGUCUAAACAAAGGUUGCAGGGUAAGGUGGCUAUUGUCGCCGGCGGAGCCACCGGAAUAGGAGCGGAAGCAGUGAGGAUAUUCAUGGAAAACGGAGCAUCGGUGGUCAUAGCAGACAUAAAAGACGAAGUAGGUCAAAGUUUGGCAACUUCAUUUGGCUCAGAGAAAGUGAGCUAUCGGCACUGUGACGUGAGAGACGAGAAUGAAGUUGCAGAAACAGUGGGUUUCACAGUAGAGAAAUAUAGCAGCUUAGACAUAAUGUUCAGCAACGCUGGCAUCGCAGGAACCUAUUCCUCCUUACUGGAUCUGGAUCUCAACGAAUUUGACAACACCAUGACCAUCAACGUUCGUGGGGUGGCCGCAACCAUCAAGCACGCGGCACGUGUCAUGGUUGUUAGAAAAACACGUGGAUCCAUAAUUUGCACUGCCAGCGUGGCUGCUUCCUUCGCAGGAGGCGCGGGACAUGAAUACACCGUAUCAAAACACGGCGUUCUUGGGCUUGUUCGGUCGGCGUGUGGCGAGCUCGGAGCUUAUGGGAUCAGAGUGAAUUCCGUCUCGCCUUAUGCACUUGCCACGCCUAUGACUUGCGACGCACUCGAUGUGGGACCUGCUGAAGUUGAAGCUGCAGCACAUGGUUCUGCGAAUUUGGAGGGAAUUACCUUGAAGGCUAAUCAUAUUGCGGAAGCUGCCCUGUUUCUUGCUUCUGAUGAAUCGCUUUAUAUCAGUGGCCACAACUUGGUCGUCGAUGGAGGUUUCUCCGCCAUUAAUCGCUGGCUUCCUAGGAUUCAAAAGUAAAUAUCUCAAAAGAAACAGAGGCAAGAAACACAGAUGAUUAGUCUUCAAUGUCUUGUCCACAGCUGGGUGCAAAUGUUUUCCUACUUUUAAAUUCAUAUCUCAUGUGUUUUAUGCGAUCGGUGGUCAUAUAUGUGUGUAAAAUUUACGUGUUAAGGUCUUUACUUAUUACAUCAUAGGGUAUUUUAAUCUUUCCUUAUUUUUAAUAAUGAGAGCACAAUUUAUUAA